AUGCCUACCCGAUUCUCGCGCACCCGCAAGCACCGCGGACACGUCUCCGCCGGUCACGGACGUGUUGGCAAGCACCGCAAGCACCCCGGUGGUCGUGGUCUGGCCGGUGGUCAGCACCACCACCGCACUAACCUCGACAAGUACCAUCCCGGUUACUUCGGUAAGGUUGGUAUGCGUUACUUCCACAAGCAGCAAGCCCACUUCUGGAAGCCCGUCAUCAACCUGGACAAGCUCUGGACCCUCGUCCCCGCUGAGAAGCGCGAGGAGUACCUCGCCGGCAAGGGCGACAAGGUCCCCGUCAUCGACCUCCUCCCCUUCGGCUACUCCAAGGUCCUCGGCAAGGGCCGCCUCCCCGAGGUCCCCAUUGUCGUCAAGGCCCGCUGGGUCUCCAAGCUGGCCGAGAAGAAGAUCACCGAGGCCGGUGGUGUCGUUGAGCUCGUCGCAUAA